AUGGCCUCUUCCAGAGACCGCAACGGCCCUCCUCUGCCUGCCACGGCGUCCGAGUAUGCUCCCGAUCUCAGCAUCACCGCCGACGACAACGUCCACCUGCACGCCGCCGGCUACAACGAAUCGCCCGACCGAGGCCUCAUAAACAGCUUUGCGCGCUUUCGCUCGUCGCCUCUUGACUUCAUCCGUGAAGUAUCCCUGCACUUCUCUGGCACAGGAUGGCGUUCUUUCGAUAACCACAUCGGACAGCCCGAGUUCUACUCCGGCUUCUCAGAAGACAUGAAGACACGGGUGCUCAGCAACCCCAUGCUUGUCGCCAAAGUACGAGACUUGGCAGCAAAGAGGGUCGAGGUCGAGGCUGCCGAUGGCCUGCUGGGUGCUGAAGCGCAGAGUGGUGGCGGUGUCGGCGAAAAGGACAGGAAAGCGAAGAGAAAGACGCAGAUCGAGGAGUCGCUCUUGGAAGUCAGCGAGACAUGGACAGACGGCAUGAUCUGCAAGAUGGAGAGCAAGAGCUUCAUUCGCGGCGCAUACUACCUGGCCACGCAACUCCUGACAAGAGCAUACCAUCAAGGUGUACACGUUUCGAGCGAAGAGGUGCUACGGCUCCGCACCGUGGCCGCCGAAGCAGCACGGAAGAAGCACUCCAUCAUCUUCCUGCCCUGCCACCGCUCUCACGUUGACUACGUGUCGCUGCAGAUCAUCUGCUACCGCCUAGGCCUCGCGCUGCCCACUGUUGUCGCUGGCGACAACUUGAACUUCCCUGUCGUGGGGUCGUUUUUGCAGCACGCAGGGGCUAUGUGGAUUAGGCGGAGCUUCGGCGAAGAUCAGCUGUACAUCACACUGGUACAAGCCUACAUCGACACAUUACUGCAAUGCGGAUACAACCUAGAGUGCUUUGUUGAAGGAGGCAGAAGUCGCACGGGCAAGCUCCUGCCGCCCAAAUUCGGCAUCUUGAGCUACAUGCUCGACAGCGUGGCGAGCGGCCGCGUCGAAGAUGCCAUCAUUUGUCCUGUGUCCACACAAUACGACAAGGUGAUCGAAGUCGACUCGUAUAUCAGCGAACUACUCGGCCAGCCGAAGCCAAAAGAGAACCUCAUGGAUUUCCUGUCCUCAUCCUCGGUCCUGUCACUCAAACUUGGCCGCGUAGACGUCCGCUUCCACGAACCCUGGUCUCUGCGAACGUUCAUCAGCCAACAGCGCGAGCGGGCUAGUAAGCUGCCUCAACAGCUUAAUACAAAGGAAGAUCGCAUUCGUUUACUACGGACGCUUGGAUACAAGGUCUUGUCCGAAAUCAACGACGUUUCCGUGGUCAUGCCCACAGCGCUGGUCGGCACAGUGCUACUCACGCUGCGAGGGCGUGGCGUAGGCAAGACCGAGCUCAUUCGCAGAGUAGAAUGGCUGUGCGAUCGUGUUCGUGCUCAAGGCGGCAGAGUUGCGCAUUUUGGCAACCUCCCUACCAGUGUUGUCGUAGAUCGGGCGCUCGAGGUGUUGGGACCGGGGCUUGUUGGCCUUGUCCCUGGGCUGCCUGAGGAUACCUAUUACGCCGUCGAUCGCUUCCAACUCUCCUUCUACCGCAACAUGACGAUUCACCUCUUCAUCCUGCAGUCUCUUGUCUCCGCCGCUCUCUACAGCACCGUCAAACGUGGUGGUGCCCCCGAAUCCCAACGCAUGAGCUAUCCCGACCUACACGCACAAGUCGCCUUCCUCUCCCAGCUUUUCCGCGGCGAAUUCAUCUUCCCUACUGAAGGCCUGGAUUUCAAUCUUGCACGUACGAUUGCUGGGCUUGAGACCGACAACGUCAUCAAAGUAAACCGAGAUAGCGAAGGCAUGAUCGAGAGUCUGGAGUUGAGCGAAGAAGAAGGGAGAAACGGCCGAGAGAAUUUCGACUUUUAUUGCUUCCUGAUCUGGCCGUUCAUCGAAGCCGCCUGGCUCGGCGCUAUAUCCCUCAUGAUGCUUACUCCUCCUCUCAGCCACACCUCUGACUCUCUGUCCACCGCAAAAGAGAGAUGGCUCGACAUGAAACGCGUCCAAGACCGAUCUCAACUCCUCGGCAAGACGCUCUAUCACCAAGGCGACCUCUCCUACUACGAGGCGGUCAACAAAGAGACGUUGAAGAACUCGUACACAAGGUUCGAAGAAGAGGGCAUGAUCGUUGUAGCCAAAUCCAAGACUGCGAAAACGGCCACCACCAUACGACUCGCGGACGAAUGGACACCCGCGAGAGGAGCUAAAGGCAUCAUCGCGGACGGCCCGCUGUGGAGGUUUGCGGAAAGAAUCAGCGCCAGCCGCCGUGAGGGCAAGAACAGGCGAGACGGCGCUACGGUGCAGACUCGGGUUUUGGGCCUCGCCGAUCUCGUGGGCGACGGCCUCUGGGAGGGUCGUGCUCUCGAUACGAAGAGUGCAGGCGCGGUCGAAGUCGGGGCUGCUACGAGGCAGGCCAAAGCGGGGAUGAAGAGAGGUAGUAUGGCAAGGCUGUAG